UAGCAAUCAAUUUUGGCUCCUAAUAUGGCAUUUGGGAAGUAAUGCUCUCAAUAUGCACAGCAUUAUUGAGAAAUCCUCUUGCAGAUGCAGAUUUUAAACACUUGCAUACACUUCCUCUGAAACCAGUUCAUCGGAAAGACAAGACCGACCAGCACAGCAAUAAUGUUGAGGGCUGCGCUGCUCCUCCUCAUGCUGCUGAGUGACCAGAUUAGAGGUUUAAAUGGAAUGCCGGAGGGACAGAAAUAUGAGGUGGUCUUCCCUCGAAAACUUCAUGCACAUCAUAAGAGAGAUACUCAGCAGAGUGAAUAUCCUGACCUGGUGCAAUAUGGACUUGAAGUGAAUGGUCAACCUAUGGUCCUUCAUCUGGAGAAAACUGAAGACUUAAUAUCUGAGAAUUACACAGAGACUUAUUACCUAAAAGAUGGUUCCCCAGUUACCACCAGUCCUGAGAUAAAGGAUCAUUGCUUUUAUCAAGGGUAUGUGAAGAAUGACAACGACUCACAGGUCAGCCUCAGCACAUGCAAUGGAUUAAGUGGCAUAAUUACAACACAAGAAAAAAAAUUCUUGAUUCAACCUCUGAAGAUGUCAGAGACUGGAGCACAUGCUGUCUACCAGUAUGAAGCCCAGGAGCAACCAAAAACAUGUGGGGUGGAUGACACAAGUGUCAACGAGACAAUAAUGACCAAGAUAGACUUCUCAACUACCAGUGAUGAGAAACAAGCAUUUCUAAAGUCAAGAAAAUAUAUCCAGCUUUAUAUGGUAGCGGAUAAUUCUAUGUACAAUAGAUUUAACCGCAGAAAUGGUGAAAUCAGGCAAAGGAUAUUUAGCAUUGUUAAUUUCGUCAAUCAGGUGUAUAAGCCCUUAAAUCUUUUUGUGGCUCUAACUGGACUGGAAAUUUGGGGCGAUAAAAACCUGUUUGACGUGGUCACCUCCGCUGACACCAAUCUAAGGCGCUUCUCUGAGUGGAGGGAGAAAAAGUUGCUACCUAUCAAACCUCAUGACAAUGCUCAGUUCCUAACGAACAUUGAUUUCGAUGGCAGUACUGUGGGUCUUGCAUGGAUCGGCACACUGUGUAGUAAUACGAAUUCUGCAGGUGUUGUACAGGAUCAUAGUGAGGAAUAUGCUCCAGUUGCUGCGACUCUUGCUCAUGAACUAGGACACAACUUAGGAAUGUCUCACGAUGAUAACUGCUGUGGAACCUCAUCUUGUAUCAUGGCUCCAUCUUUAAGCCAUAACACCCCACGAACCUUCAGUUCCUGUAGUCGGCAAGACUAUCAGAAGUUUAUUCUGGAACAUAUGCCUGUAUGUAUGAAGGACAAGCCAAAGAUGGAGGAAAUCCAGUCGACUCCUGUGUGUGGCAAUAAAUUCACAGAAAGAGGGGAAGAAUGUGACUGCGGCUCUGUGCAGGAAUGUACUGACAAAUGCUGUGAUGCGGCCACGUGCAAACUAAAACAAGGUGCCCAGUGCUCAGAGGGUGAAUGCUGUGCGGACUGUCAGCUGAAGUACGCCGGUUUCGUGUGUAGACCUGCCAAAGACGACUGUGAUCUGUCUGAUAUGUGUGAUGGGAAAUCGGCCUCGUGUCCCUCUGAUGGUUUCCGGAUGAAUGGAUCUCCUUGCAAGAAUGGGGAGGCUUAUUGCUAUAAUGGGAAAUGUCCCACCCUUAGCAGCCAGUGUGAAACUUACUGGGGAGCAGGUGCUUUGGCUGCUCCUAAUUCCUGCUAUGAAACUAGCCGAAGAUAUUGCCCCCAGUCUAGGUACGGGCAAUGUGGAGUGUUGUACUGUUCUCGAGGUAGCAGUCAACCCGUCAUCAAAAACUUUGGUUACUGCAGUAUCUCACAAUGUAAAACUCUUAACCCAGAAGUCCUGGUGGAACCUGGAACAAAAUGUGGAGAUGAGAAAAUGUGUAUAAAUGGGCAGUGUUCUGCAGUUCUAAUGCCCUCCCGACCUGCAGACUCAAACUGUGCUACAAAGUGCCCUGAACAUUUGAUGUGUAUAAAUGGGCGAUGCACUGCAAUUCCAACACCCUCCCAACCUGCAGACUCAAACUGUGCAACCAAGUGCCCUGAACAUUUGAUGUGUAUAAAUGGUCAAUGCGCUGAAAUCCCAAUGUCCCUCCGACCAGGAGAAUGCGAUGCCAAGUGCCCCGGAAAUUCGGUUUGUAACAAUGUGCUGGAGUGCCAAUGUGACGAAGGCUGGGCACCACCCGACUGUGACACCAGACCUAACAGUAGAAGCUCCAGCACCAUUGUGCUUGCAGUCCUCAUUCCUAUUGUGAUCCUUAUAUUGGUUAUGGUGGGUCUUUGGUUCUACAAGACGUGUCAGAUGAAGAAGAAGAAGAGAUCUCCUGAAGAAGGCUCAGGUGUGACCAACCCUACCUUCAACAUCCAAAAUAAGAUUCCUCAGCAACCAAAUUCCUAUCAGAAUCCACAACAAUACCCUGGAAGACCUAUGUAUCCUCCACAGCCACCAGCAGAGUACCAGAAGCCUCAGCAAUACCCUGGAAGACCUAUGUAUCCUCCACAGCCGCCAGCCCAGUACCAGAAGCCUCAGUCAUUUCAGAAGCCAGAUGCUGCCCCUUCUUCUAGACCAAUGUAUCCCCCGAUGCCACCACAGGCUGCUAAACCCAACUACAGAAGAUAAGAUGGGCAUCCCUAGCCGGAAGACAUUGGUAUUGGAGGGAACCAUUUUCAUAUUCUACGGUGCCCUCUACUGGAAA